AUGGGUCACCACGAUGCCGCUGGGCAUGGAAAACAACAAACCAGGCAAGGGAACGAGAUCCAGAUACCGCCUCAAGCAAAUGUACUAGCGGCAGCCAGCUAUGUCCGUCGAGUGUUUGAGAACAAGAAGUUCACUUAUGCCAUCAUGGGCGAGCUUGCGAUGCUUUGUCUAGGACAUGGAUGCGAGAUGCGCGAUGUAUUCAUUGCGUACGACGAUAAAGACUACAACCGGAUCAAGAAGAAGCUUGAGUCCGACCGACGGAUACGACUGCCUGAGGGCAUGAACCCUUUGUUCCCUUCCAAGAUGGUGGUACAAACUGGGCCUAGCUUUUUAGAUACAGGAUGUAAAGGUCCGGCGACAAUAGAAGUAACCCUAGUGCCCUCUGGCUCAUACGAGACUCCAUCGAACGGAACCCUUGCCAAAAACGUCGUCUUGCUGAGCCUUAGGACCGAUGGGGUGUUAAGGACAUUCUACGGAUUGAACAUGCUAUACCUCGUCAGGACCCUACUUCACUUUUGCCAGAUUCGCGGCUUAGCUUGGGAACCACGGAAGGAUAUUCACUUCUUGUGCCAGCACUACGGAGAUCAACUACAAUCGAUUCGCAGUCUUUUGAACCUGGAUUUGAUAGAACGGAAGUUUUUACGAACGGCUUUCGUCAGCCAGCUUCCUUUCGAAGAACAGCGAAGAUGCUAUCGUACGUUGACAGGUCGGGAACCUCCUUCAGCCACCACGCUGGCCCCACCGACAGCGGAAGCAAAUCACAUCCGGUCGCGGUCCGCAUCUGAGCUACCGAGAGUUCAAGGAAUUUCCCGCGCGUCGUUACCAGAUUUCUUAUGUCCACCAGAGUCUCAGAAGAUCAAAACAUCUCACCCGCGUGCGGAACAUGCGACCUCGACGCUCAUGCAACACACAGGACCUUCCCCAAAUGCAGCGGCUUAUACAAGGGAUUCACGUUCCAGAUACCGCAUGUCCAGUGCCCCAAGCAGCAGACGUACUAGUCCCACAGAUCCUCAAUCUGGAUCCAACCCACAAAUGCAGUUCUCGAACUUGAAACCUUCAUCCGAGCCAGCUCCGUCACUUUCCCUCCACGAGCGUGCGGCUUCUUAUUCAACACCAAACGUCCACCCUGGCGUCCCAGGACCACGUGCAGCGCAAUUGCCAGCAAAGAACACGUCCAGCGCUCAUUCACCGCUCCUUGAUAACAGGACUACACAUCGGAUUCCUAGAAAAAGCUCUCCAGAGGGCUCUGGAACAUCUGUACCAGAGCAGCGACUGAGCAGACUUCAGGUAGUCAACUCUGCUGGCGAAACUAUAUCACCCACACGGUAUGAUGCAGAGGCAAAAGAUGAGGUGUAUAGCCUACAUGUUGUAGGACCCCAAGGAGUCUACCAGGCACCGCAGAAUCACCCAAGCCCACCACCAACCGCCAGUGAAGCUACCACAUUAUCCCAAAACUCCUUUCCAAUCUUCGAACUCGACGCGACACCACCACCACAUGAUAUCCUUGCAGAGCUCUCCGCAGACAUCGAUGCUGCGCUGCAAGUCAGCCACCAUCCUCGCACGUCUCCGCAACCCGCGCUACCACAGUCACACGACUCGUAUAGGCCGCCCGUUCCUCGUACACAGUCCGCUUCGUUUAGCACACUUCCAGCAAGCUUGAUGGUUGGCAAUGCGUCUCCCCAACUGCCAUCUACACCACCACAUAACACGCCUUCUACCUAUCCAACGACACAAACGAACGCAUCGAGAUAUUCAAGACAAUACCCGCCUCCUUCCUUCGCACAGGCGCCGAACAGUCUGCCUGCAUCACCACCUCUUACACCCGCACCAUUGUCAGUAUACAAGGCGUAUCAGCCUACGACCAUAUCCAAGUCAGGGCAGGUAUAUCCAGUUUCACCACCUGAUAGCGCUGGCACCGAACACCGUAUCCGGCCGACAAGCUUCAUGCAAGUGAAAGAUAUCGAUGGUAUGGGACACUAUUUUGCUACGCAUAACCGGCAAGCUUCGCACCAUGUCCAAGAAGUGAUUCAGAGCCUGGAUUCGAGCAUACUAGCGAUGGAGUAUCAAGCAGCAUUACCACAGUUUGAUGAGGGCUAUGGAAGAAGAUGA